AUGACGGAACUGGUUGAUAAUGUUUGGAAUUUCCUGACAGAAGUCGACAAAUGGAAGGUCAUUGGAAGCGCUUCUAUCACCUUCCUGACAAUUGUGCUAAUUCGCCGCAUGGUCCGGAAGAGAAGUGUUAUGAGUCGUAUAAAGAAGAAGCAGGAGCAGUUGCAGGAAGCUCGAUCGCGUCUUCGGGAUCGUGUCCGAACCUGUCCUCCUCUUUCGCACUUCAAGGAACUCGAUGCUCUGCAGGUGCAGCAACGCCUUCAAGCCAAUGAAAUGACACCUCUUGAAGCUCUCCGUUUAUACCAGAAACGGAUGGUUGAUGCGUUGGAAAGUAAUUGCAUCUGCGAGAUCAUUGAAGAAGCUGAAGCAGUUGCAAUGUCAGUUUCCGCAGACGUUCAAUCACCGAUUCGCGGAAUGCCCGUCAGUGUGAAGGAGAACAUUCAGGUUGCUGGUUAUGAUUCGCCGAUUGGCCUGGUGUCAGGCGUUUUGGAUCCGGCUAAGGAAGACAGUGUGUUGAUGAAGGUGCUUCGGAAGGUGGGAGCUGUGCCAUUUGUGACUACAACUAUGAGCCCCACGGGAAUGUCUCUAGAUGCGUCCACAGAAAUAUACGGUAAACAAAGAAAUCCGCUUGAUGUGAAGCGAUUGGCAGGUGGCAGUUCGAGUGGAGAAGCUACUUUACUUGCCAAAGGUGGAUCGCCACUUGGGUUUGGGACAGAUAUUGGCGGAAGUAUUCGUAUUCCCGCGACGUUUUGUGGGAUUUGCGGUCUAAGGCCGACUUCGUAUCGCGUAAGCACAAUUGGACUGAGGUCGGUCGCUAAAGUCGGAUCUGCCAAUGUCCGGCCAACAGUUGGACCAAUGGCAAAAUGCACGAGUCUCCUGGCUGAUGCAAUGAAGGCGAUUCUUUGUUCUGCCAUGUUCGAACUUGAUUCUCGGGUGCCUGAGCUUCCUUUUAACGACAGAAUUUAUUCAGGAACAGAGCCGUUGGUGAUAGGUUACUAUACAUGCAUUGGUGAAGAACUGGCAGUGAGGCCGGUUGUUGCUGUGGAAGCAGCCAUGCACAAGGUGAUAUCGUUGCUGCGAAGUAAAGGUCACAAGUUGGUGAAAUUCAGCGUUCCUGAUCCCGACAAACUGAUUCGCAUAUCUACAACAGCCUUGAUAGCCGAUGGCGGUGCUUCUCUGCUUAAGGCGACCCGUGACGAUCCGACAAAUCCCAGGUUCCGUCAGACUCUGCGUUUUUUCUCAUUGCCUGUUUUUAUUCGUCGUUUAAUUGCAUGGUUUAACUACAGAUUUAUAAGUAAACUCAUUGGUACCACGACUAGAUCAUCUAUUGGUUGUCAGAGCGCGCAGGAUGUUUUGAAUCUUCUGGGUGAAGUAAGCGAUUAUCAGGUGGAAUUCUCAAAGGCCUGGUCAGAGGCAAAAAUUGAUGUUUUAAUUAGUCCGGCGACGCCGUUUCCCGCGCCUCUUGACACCACACCCGACAUGCUAUUGCCCGGAGUAUCAAAUUUUCUCCUACCCUACAACGUCCUUGACUAUCCGGCUGGAGUUCUUCCUGUGGCCAAAGUGAGUGCGGCAGACGUCAAAGCGUCAAAGAACGCAGAGGAGCGGUAUCGUCGAGAUGGUGAUUGGUUGAACGCGGAAGUGUCGAGUCUGCAGGAGGGUACACAGGGUCUCCCGAUUGGGUUGCAGGUUGUGGGCAAGCCGUUGUGUGAGGAGAUCGUGCUGAGAGUGAUGCAUGAAGUUGAGUUAGGUGUUUCAGAGGCGUGA